UUCGUCCUUCUCGUGGAGCUCCCUUCCUUACACCCCCUCCCCCGAAACGUCUCGUCCCUCGCGCGGACCAGCCUAAACCUCGAGACCCGCUAUACGCGAAUACGUACACCACGCCAGCCUCCUCGAGUCCUUUGCAAACACACGCGCGAGCUUGUCAGUGGAAAAAAAGGACGAUUGCGCGGGGGUUAUUCGCGUAGCUGACAGGAGGGGCAGCUUGGACACGCGUGCGGGUAUGCCUUGAGCGUGUCCGACGUCCAUCGGGAAACGGCGCGCGCGUGCUCCUUGGCGAUCUGCUUGUGUCUCGCAGCCCUCGGAUAUGCGUGUGUAGGAAGCACCUUGUGCCUCCGAGUGCGCGUCUUUCGGCAGAAGAACUGGAAACGGGUGGAUAAAGAAAAAAAAAAAAAAAAAAUCUUCCAGUCGAGGCUGCAACUUACCCGCAGUGGUGCACGCUGCAAGUACCGAUGGCACGGGCCCGCGAGGUGACUGCUGCUAGCGCGGCCGCCGCGGCUGCUGCAGCGGCUGAUGCUAUCGUGGCCUCCUUGAGCGCUGCCGGCCAGUGCAGGGCCAACUACGGCGCUGUCGACCCCACCGCUCCUGCGGCCAAAACUCGCGGGGCGUUCGCCAAUAACAGUCUACCACCUCCAUGCACGGUGGUUCGCCCGUCUCGGACGCUCUGAAGUACGAGGAGAAUGGGCGGGCGACGGGGUGGCCCGGGCGGGGGCCGUGGCAACGCCAGUGUCCUCAAGGAUCGAGCCAACAUGUCGUUCAUCCUCGUGGUCAUGUUUUUCGCCGUAUUCGGUGUCAUCGUCUUCACGGAGAUCUUCUUCAUCGACGAAAGACGAGCCGGUACCGGGACCGGUGCUUUGGCUGGCAGGCGUGCUGGACACCGAUUGGUUGCAGCGCCCGACCGGCCUGAUUACGAGGAGAUCGGGCCGGAAGACUACCCAAGCCUAAAGGGUGGCUUAGAAGAGCACCUUAACAUGCUGAUUCGAGGGGAGGAGCCGGUCGCCGGGGGUCCCAUGUCAGUGAUACCUUCCGAUCACCAUGGCUCGCCGAGUUUGCCGCAACUGCCGCUGCUCGAUCAGGCUCUGAGGCUCACGCACGCCGAGUGGCUGCCCGUCACCAAAACUAGAUUCAAAUUUUUUGUAUAUUCAGCGUACUAUGACGAGAGGGUGGGUAGUGGUGUCGGUGCAAGUCGUAAUCCAGGCGGCCCAGGUGUGGUCAGAGUUAUUGGUGCUACGAAGACGAGAGGACCCGAGAGGGUCUGGUGUAGGCUGUGGUAUUUGAUCAAGGAUUCGGACAACAUUACCACUUCGAUUACCGUAGCAGCGAAAGUUAAGGUCAUACGAGAGAACUGGAACCUGAAGUACAGCGCCUGUUUCGUGAUAUGUCCUCUGCCCAAGGAGCUCCCUUCCAAGGCAGCCGACCGAGUACCGGAGGCUGUGAGCAUUGUGGCCCGGCUGACAGUCGCACCGACGAACCGCAUGCUCGUCCGUAACAGGCCGGCCAAUCGGCCCAAGGAACGGAAGCCCCUCGCAAUCUGCGUCAAGCCGCUCCAUUACGACUACAAUAGGGUGCUGCAACUGGUCGAGUUUAUUGAGCUGCACAGGAUACUGGGUGCAAGCCACGUAACCCUUUACAACGACACGCUGGGCGAGGAGGCGAGCUGCGCGCUCAGGUACUACGAGGCCCAAGGCAUCGUCACCGUGCUGCCCUGGCACCACCUGGACAUGAUAUCGCAGCGCGAAAUACGCACCGAGGGCCUCUUCGCGGCGCUCAACGACUGCCUCUACCGGUCGAUGUAUGACUACGAGUACCUCGCUCUGCUCGACCUCGACGAGUUCAUCGUGCCCCGACACGAGGACACCAUACUCGAUCUCAUAAGAUGGAUGGGAAGCCGCGUCAACACGAAGACAACGGGCGCCUACUCGUUCCAAAACGCGUUCUUCUACCUCCAGUGGCCGGACGACCCCAUGGUGACGACCUCGAGCCGCGCCACCGAGGCGGGCCUCGUGACGCUGCGCAAAACCCGACGACGCUCGAAGCUCCACCCGCACAAGCAACGCAGCAAAUAUGUCUGCCGGCCACGUGACGUCAUAGAAACCGGCAACCACUUCGUCUGGGAAUUCGUGCCCGGCCACGGCACCGCCAACGUACCCGCGGACGCCGCCAUACUCCACCACUACAGGGUCUGCGAGUUCGGCGGCGACGAUUGCGUCAAGACGGCCUCGGUCGUCGACCACACCGCCUACAAGUACCUGGAUCGGCUGGCCGAGCAGGUCGAGGCCACCUGGAGGGCGCUGCGAGCUUCCUGCGACGGCCGGCUCCCCGAGCUCGAGCCCGUGCCGGGGUACAACGAGCUGUUGGCCAAGCAAACGGCGCCCGAGAGAACGACGAGGUAGCAGCAUGAUCUGCCACUUGAUGGUACAGCGGGCCGCUGGACCGAGAGAGUCAGGAUCGAGGAGGAGGAGGCUGUCGACGACCUCGCUGCUGUUGUGCUCGGGCAGCUGGCCAACUUUACUGGUAGACCCAUACUUGCGAGAACCUACUUUUAUAACUACGCGAGGUAACUUUUUUUUUUUUUUUUUUUUUUACCUAGUGCGGGU